AUGAAGGUCGGGAGACAAAAGCAAAGAUGCCUGGUUGGGGCGGUUGCGACCUGCCUUCUGGCGACUCUUGCUCGGCAUCGUUGCCCCGCAGCUCGCUCGUUUCUGCCUGGCGUGGCUCUGUCAGCGAGGUGCCCGAAGCACCGGACCUCGUUGGUGGCAUGCCACGCAGUUGGCAGCGGAAAUGCCACAGAUCUACCUGGCUCUGAGGCAGCAACCCUGGCGUGGCUCGAAGAGCGGGCCUUGACCAAGGAGGCUGUGGAGAUUGGCACUAUGCUUUUUUUGGCACCAGAGUCGAAGAGGUUAGAGACAGCUGAAGUGGCGCUUGAAAUGGCAAAAGACAUGGUUGCCUCGGCCUGCGAAGGAACUGAACUUCAGAAGGCAUCUGCCGAUGCCAUCUUCCUUGCCAUGUACACCUGCGCUGCGAAGGCGGGCGUCGACAUCGGCAUAGAUGCUUGGCCGGCGACGUUUCUCAGUAAGGCCAGUGUUCCUGGCCUCAAGGCUGAGGACGCUGUGACAGCAGCAUUGGCUGGCAUUCAUCAUUCGGUGGUGAGCUGGGAUGAGAGCCGGAGGGUCGUACAGGCCUACGUUUCUGCCACGUGGGGCGAGGAAAAGAGCUUGUCCGACGAAGACAACGUCGCCUUCGAUGGGGUGAUGAUUUCGACAUCGCCCCAACAUGCCAGCAUACAGUAUUGCUUAGGUGUCCUGUGGGGAUACGCGGUCAGAGGCCUGGUUAAACGGCUGGCCCUUGAUCGCACCAUGGACACUGUCCCAGAGGCACUGGCUACACAGAAGCAGCAGCUGGAGCGCGCUCUGGCCAUCGGAGAUCCGGAUCCCAGCCCCACCAACAGCUCGCCACCAGGCAGGGGCAGGUCGAGCUUUCUUCAGUAUGCCAGCGACUUCUUCUCCCACAGCGACUGGGCAGCUCUGUGCCAGCCUGUGAGUGGUGCCGUGCAUGUGAUCGAAGCGGAGCUUCAGGAGGCCAUGCACGCGAUGGCCAUCCUCGCAAGCCUGGAGUCGCAAGACUUUGAAGAAGACUUCGAGGUCGUCUCGGGUUCCAACGAGGACUUUGAGAAUGAUUUUCGAAUCGAUGCAGUGUUGCUGGAUCAGGCAGAGUGGAAGGGUUUCCAAUACCGGGCGAUCGUCUAUGGCUGCCUGCUGGCAGAUGCAGAGGGCAUCUUGGACACUCACGUUGGGCCUCUUCCGCGAAGCCAGCGCUCUUGGGUCAAGACCCUCGUGCAGACCAAUGCCCUAUCCGAUGUGCGACCGGAUCAGAGUCGACGGAUGGCUGCUGGAAUCUUGGCACCGAUCCAACGUGUCGCCAAAGUCCUUCGUGAGCGAGUGCUCACCACCAAGCUCAGGGAAGCACGCCGGAGCCUCACCGAACUUUUGGAGACCAGUGCGGCCUCAGCCGCGGCGGCCUCCAUAGCCGCCGCCGCUGCCGCGGCUGGAGAUCAGGUCCUAUGCGUGCUUGCGCAGUAUGGCUGCAGAGAUGCGCGAGUUGCUCUCCGGGGCAGCAGGAGCCCGGAAAAGAGGCCGACCCUGAGCUCGAUCGCUCCUGAGCGCCAUGUGCAACGCGGACCGGAUCGCGCUGAGCGAAUCGCAUAG